AUGAUAGAUAUUGGUACACCACUUACAGAUAACAACAUAUUAGUGCACAAGUUGACAAAAGAAAAUGUGCGAGUGUCUGUGAGGCGUCUCGAUGGAGAUGAUGAUAUUGAUGUGGUGAGGGUGGCACAUCAGACAACAAUGCCUGUUGGAGUCCUAAUCGACGGACAUUGUGACCAGACACAGGCAUUGCUUCUCCAGGCUUCUCGCAACAAAUUAUUUGACGCCGUGCACCCCUGGCUCGUCCUGACCGACAUUGAAGAUGACAACUGCACUGAAUAUGUCAUGCAGACAUUUCGGUUGCUUAACUUGAGUGUUAACGCAGAUGUCGCUGUCGUCACUAAUAGGGGACUAGACAUUGUACUAAAAGGCUACAAGUAUUACAAUCGUUGGGAUUUUCAUAAUUUAACGCUGAGAGCUAUAACUGUGAUCGUGGACCAGCCGAAGAUGUUCUACCCAGAGAUGCUGUCAGAAAUGGCAUACACUGCAGGAGUGGCCGCCAUGACUAAGAUCACCUCUCAGAUGCUUAACACCAUUAAAGAACGACACAAUUUCAGGACCAAAUUCUACUAUCUAAUCCCAGAGAAAGGAGUGGGCCAGUAUGAGAACAGGUUCCUAACUCCCUUGUCUCAUGGAGUCUGGUGUUGUGCCUUCUUCGCGGGCAUUGCCUGUACGCUGGUCCUUGCUGGCGCGGCUCGCAUGGAGGACAGGCCCAAACCAGAACUAUACGCCUUUUUCAGUGUUUUUGCUGCAGUCUGCCAACAAGGUUAUGAAGACGGAGUUCAGUUGUUGGAGCAAACAAUUUCAAGUCAAGGUCGUAGACUAACUCUGCUAGUGAUAGGCCUGACAAGCAUGCUGCUGUACAACUACUACACGAGCAGCGUGGUGUCCUGGCUGCUGAAUGCUGCUGCACCUUCCAUCGCCAACCUCGAUGGUCUCAUUAACAGCGACUUCGAGCUGGUGUUCGAAGACAUUGGCUACACUAGAGGAUGGCUUGAUAACCCUGGCUUUUUCUACUAUAGCGGCUUCAAGAAUGUGAAAGAAGAUGAGCUAAGAGACAAGAAAGUCACGAAAGCAAAGCGAACAGUUUCAGUGUUGCAGAAUGUGAACAAAGGCGUUGAACUGUUGCGGACUGGCAAAUACGCUUUUCAUACUGAACCUUAUACCGCAAGUCAAGUAAUCUCCAAAACUUACGAGGACAAAGAGUUAUGCAACCUCGGAGCUCUGCAGAUGAUGCUGCCAGCGCACGUCUACAUCAUGGCCCAGAAGAGAAGCCCUUAUAAGGAAUUCUUUGACUGGAGUCUUCUUCGUCUAUUGGAGCGUGGGCAUGUGAAGGCGAUUCGUGCCCGGUUUGCCGGCACGAUGCCCGCCUGCUCGGGCGCCCAGCCGCGCGCGCUGGCACUAGGGCAGGCAGCUCCAGCCUUCCUGAUGCUGGCAGCCUUCGCAAUGCUCUCCUGCUUCAUAUUGAAUUAUGAUGAAACACCACCUGACAACGGUUUUACUGGGCAAGCCAAUAGACCACCACAGACGGGGCCCUAUAGAUUUGAUGUUCAGCCGGGGUUGCGGGGUGUAUCAGUGGACGCGGUAUCAGCGCGAGCAGCAGAGCGCGUCGCCAGUGUAAUGCCAGUGCCGGUGGAAAGACAGCCUUAA